UGGGCCGUUUGGAAGCAAGCUUCAGUCUUCAUUUCAGGACCCAAAUACAGAAGCUGUUUGUAACACGAUCCCAGCAGUUCCAAGGAGGCAGAGCUUCAGAAGACAAAAACCAGUGCGGCAGAGGACCAACCGCCAGCUCCGAGCGAGAGAGGAGAACAGCAGAGGGAGGUGUAAUUGAAAGACGCUACAACAUCAGCAGCACCUGACACAGCGGAGAGGUUUAGCGCACACAGCCUUUGGUGUAUUUUCGUAUCAAUAGGCUAAGUUUUCACUGGAGAGGAUGACAGCCGCAAAUACGCCACAGCAACAAUCGACCAUCGUGUAGGCUACUUGAAAAAAUGAACUACGGCUGCUUUUGUAUACAUUUUUAUACUGAGACUUGUACGCCUUUUUUAAUUUGCAGAUUUUUGUGUUAUUUUUAAUGACUCGAGACAAUGACAAUAAUGGCUGCACCAGUACUAGCCGCAUUGCCAUCCACGUUUCAAGGAUUCUUAUAGGAUUCCGCGGUGGACUGGCCUUUUUGAUUUUGGGCCGAGAAUAGGCUACAGUAGCCUGUCUUUGCGCCCUUUCUCUUUAAGGUUGCUAUAGCUAAAACAGGGCGGUGUGCGGCUGACAUUUUUCGUUCGGGUUAGCCUAUAUACAUAUAUUUUUUACAGUAGCAUACACUCGCCAUUUGGCUUUUGUCUAGAAUAAAAAUCAUGAACUCGCUACUUUUUAGUGAAUGUUCGCUAGGCACAGGGGUAGCAACGGUCAGUGGCGCCUCAGCCAGCGGUUCGGGUGCGGGGGUGACCAGUGCUUUGCGGAACGACCUGGGCUCCAACAUCCAUGUCUUGAAGACCCUGAAUCUGCGUUUUCGCUGUUUCCUCGCAAAAGUCCACGAAUUGGAACGCAGAAACAAAUUACUAGAAAAUCGACUGCAGCAAGCUUUGGAAGAAUCACGCUACAGAGCUCUUUUCACCCGUGAUCAAGCAGUCCAGACGGACUCCACGGACCUGCCAACACAUGGGCCUUAUCAUUCACGCCUGCCGGGUACCAUAUGGAGUUAUACUCACGUCCGACGGUAUGGAGAGCGGCUCGAGACACUGCAUGGUCCCGGUGUUUCUUGGACACACCCGGACGGGGUUGGGGUCCAGAUCGACACCAUCACGCCAGAAUUAAGAGCGCUUUACAACGUGUUGGCGAAAGUCAAGCGAGAAAGAGACGAAUACAGGAGAAAAUGGGAGGAGGAGCUAGCCAGACGACAGCAGCUGGAGUCCAUGGUGGAGACCCUACAGGAAAAUGCCCAGGAGUCUGAGCUCAUUCAUGAUGAGUUGAACGAAAAGGUGGAACGACUGAAGGCCGAGCUGGUGGUCUUCAAGAGCUUGAUGAGUGACCAAAUGUCAGAACUGGACACCAAGAUCCAGGAGAAAGCCAGGAAGGUGGACAUGGACAUCUGCCGGCGCAUCGACAUCACGGCUAAGCUCUGCGACGUGGCGCAGCAGCGCAACUCCGAGGACAUGUCCAAGAUGUUCAGCCCGUCCCGAGCGCCGCCGGAGCAGAACCGGGGAGCCACGGCGUGCAGGAGGAAAGAGCAGAAGCCCACGUCGGACGAGGAGAGCUCCGAGAUGGACGCCGACCCCAGCACCUCGGAGGAGGAAGUUCCGGGAUCUCUCAACAUCACCGAUGAGAUGAAGCGGAUGCUCAACCAACUACCUUGCUUAGAUAAUUCCUUUGUUGCUAGGCGGGAGACGUUUGAGUUUGACGAUGACUGCGACAGCCUGGCGUGGGAGGAGAACGACGAGACUCUGCUGCUGUGGGAGGACUUCACCAACUACAACACGCCUGCAGCCAUGGGCUCCAGCGCCUGUGCGUCGGACUGCCAGGGGGAGGCGCUAGAGCCUGGGUCCCAGGAUGGGAGUUUAGGAAGUCUGAUUGAUGAGACAGAAACACUCUUCAAGACCAGAGAGCAGGAAUACCAGGAGACUAUUGGACAAAUCGAGAUGGAGCUGGCCACAGCCAAGAGUGACAUGAACAGACACCUGCAUGAGUACAUGGAGAUCUGCUCCAUGAAGAGGGGUCUGGACGUGCAGAUGGAGACGUGCAGGAGACUCAUCAAGAGGUCCGGGGGCACGGGCAGAAACUCUCCCUCUUUCAGCUCAGUGGCGAGUAGUGACUCAGGGAACACGGAUGAAAUCCAGGAUGAGCUGGAGCGGGACGGAGAGGCGGAGGGUCCCGUUAGCUGAUGACAGCACCCGUCUCGCCCCGCGUUUUGCCCUUCUCCUCUGAAUCCUCGCUCUCCCGUCUCCCGUCCCAGACCGAGGGGGAGGGAGCAAGCGGGGGGGUGGGGGGGGAAGCCUUCCGAAAAAGCUGCGCUCCUCUCCGGGGACUCUUUCUGUUUCACUCCUCACACGGCGCGAGUAUUGGUGCUUAAGGACCCUUUUCCCACUGGAGGAGGUUAAUACUCCUGCUUCACAAGCGUUACACAGACAAAGACGAUGCGCGGUGUUACGGCUGUGCUGCGGUCAUAGGCGCUGACUGCCGCCCCCUGCUGGCGAGAACGGAAAACACACACCUCCCCCCCAAAUCUAACUUCCUUUUAUAUCCAAACCCCUCACUCACUGGCUGACUUUGAGCCAAAAGAGGGACCUGGAAUUGGACAUUUUUAGUCUUUCAUAUGAGACACCAUCUGAGAGUAUCAAAACAGCAUCGCAGGGGUCCAGUUCAUUCAUUCAGACAUUUCAUGUUUUGUAGAAGUCAAACAUUUAGUAUCACAGAGUUCUGCAGCCAUGGUCCUGGGCAACCGUAGUGACUGCUGGUUAUAUAAGCUGUUAUAAACUUGGAGCACUUAAAGCUGCUGACUACAGAGUUAAGUCACUACGCGUGGCUUCUCAGCAGCAACUUGCUGAGUUUAAGGUGAAAACAAAAUACCAGUAGGCCCUGCGGCUCUCCUGCACCAAGAUUGCAAAGCUCUGGUGUAUACGAUAGCAAGCUCUCCUUUUCAGCCAACUCCAUAAGAGCCCGGAGGUGUUGAUUCUGGCCUGUGGGUCUGGGUAUGGCAGUCCAGGCUGGCAGUGACCUCUGAACUCAGCUCAGCUCCGCUUAAUGAAAGUAACACUGUGUUUUAGUACUAUGCAAUAAGCUAGCCUUAUUUCUGGAACAAAUUUUAUAUUGUUUUAUUUUUGUUAUUUACCUUUCUUUUGCUGAGCAGGUGAAAUGUGUUUUCGCUUCAGUGUGCUUUGUAUAAGCUCUGAAGGUGUGGGAGGUUGCACAAUGUUUACUGUACCUUACUGUAAAAGAAAAAAAGAACAGAUUCCCCUAACAUUCUGUGCUGUGAAUGUUGAAAGAAAUAGAUUAGCAUGUACUCAUUUGAAAGCACAGGGCCAUAUGUUUAGUGUGGUCUGUGCAUAUUUUGAUGGCCUUAUUAAAUUUUUGCAUUCAACUUAAUUGUACAGUUUCUAAAGCUUUACUGCGCUUUAAAGAUAUUAAGUUCAGUGUUACAAGUCUGAAUUCAGUCAUUCCUUCAUUGAUCCUGGAAUAACAGUAAUUUAAAGGGAAAUGAAUCGCACCAGGUCCAGAUUCUGAACAGGAAUGCCUUAUGUCAUACGUCACUGUACCUAGCAGGUGUGGUUCUGCGUUUUGAGCGCUGUUUGUACACACAGGCCAUAUGAAUAUUUUAGAACACCUUUGUAUCAGUAUUCACUUCCUGUUUUUCAGUGAUCUGGCCUUCACUUAAUCCCAGCAUCUCAAAUUUGUUACCUUAAAUCAAGACUAAAAUAUUCUAAUGGUUCAUAUGUCAUACUCUUUUUUUUUAGAAAAAGAAAAGAAUAGAAAUUGGCUCUUAAAUCAGUUCUCUCUCUCUGAGACACAAGGCCUGGUCAGAAUGUUCUGCUCUCCUCUACUGUAGAGGGUUAUUUUUUAACACAAUCUGAUUAAAAGGGUACCCUGUUCCUUCUAGAAAUGUGAUUCUGUAUCCUGCAUUGUAUUAUUAUGGAAUCAUCAUUCGUUUGUAUCCUCAAAGCCAUCAUCUGUAUAUAGAGGUCAUAUGGCAUUUUGGUCAUACCGUAGUGGCCUUUUGCUCUAUAUAUGUUGGGUUGUUUUGGAUUUACCUUCAUGUAUUGUAUGUGUACAAUUCAUUUUUUCCUGGUUGUUCCAAAGCAUUGUGGGUAGUCUAAUUAACCAAACGGGGGGGAAAGGGCUGAGGGCGAUGGUGACGUGGGCUGGCAGUGCGUUUGCUAUGUUUAUCCAUUAGCUGAAUGCGGAUGGAUCUGGUCGCUAGCGAAAAUGCUGCAUUUUCCGGUAAAAACAAAAAAAAAUACACUCAUGCGAUACAAGCAAAUAAGGGCUGUGUUAUCAUUACAUCCUGCUUACAGUACAGACCGCCCCUCACCCCCUUCAACGGAACUUCUGUGGUGGAAGCCUUUUUAUGCUUUUUAGUUGAUUUUAGCCAUUUCUUACAUUUGACAGCAGGCUGUAGCAUGACAUUGAGUCUGCCUCCUUUGAAUGUUAUUUGCCACAGUCGUUAUUUCACAAUCAUGUUAAUUAAAAUAUUGUUUCACUGGAAAAAAACGUGAGACGUUCUAAAGAGGGCGCUCUGGGUCCUCUCUCUCCUCAGUCUCUCCUCUUACAUGCCCAUCCAUCGUUGUAGUUUUUAAUUAUCUCUAACCAAGUGUCAUAUUGACGCUUGGCUGUUUGAUUUUGUAGACUUGAAUAUGUAACAAUCGUGACUAUACUUUUGAGCUGUUGUUUGACAAAAUAAAGUGCAACACAAAGAACUCAAAAUGUAAUGAUAAAGAUAACAGAAUGAACUGUCUCUCAGAGCGAGAGCUUGGAGAGUGGUGGUUAGAUGAUUCAAUAGCGCUUCACAUACGGGUUGGAGGUUCUACUCCAGGAGCUACUAGAACACAGUACAUAUAUGGAUAAAAGUACUGAAGAGUUGACUGCUGGCUUUCCUCAAAGUUCAGCUUGAGGUGUCUUUUUCUUGCCCAGUCUUCUCGUGUACUUCUCCAUUUUCAGGCUUAUCAGGACAGCUUCUCAAUAAUGGCUGUAAUUUGUUGUAUUUUUAUUACGUAUUAAUAUUUUGAUGUUACUUUAAUAUAUUUUUUUCUUUCGGGUAGUGUGGCUGCUGCUUCUCAGCAAAAAAAACGAAAAGAAAACGGUGACAAAUGUGACAGAGCGUAGUGUGGCUUUCCGACGGAAAAAAAGCUGUGCCUCUCUGCAGGCUUUGGAACUCUGUUACUGUUAAUGCAGCCUGCGUGAGCUAAUAUCAGUAAGUGCACAGCAGUCUUCAACGCUGGGCGCUGUGGAGUCUUUGACUGCCUGACUCGUCCAUCAGCCAGUCAGUCAGUAGAAACAGAGGUAGGCCACUCCAGUCAGUUAUGGCUGAUUAUUUAAACGCCUGUAGCAUCGUCUGUCUCUCUUCAUCGCGAUUAUAAUGAGCUUUGUUAUUCUAAUACGCCUGUGAGGGAUGAUGGCCUGUUGUGAUUUCUGCACAGCAUCUCCUUUUUUUUAGUGUGGUAUUUCUUUUUUUGUUGUCUGUAUAAAAUAGUAUGACUGACACUGGAGGAAGUUUGAUGCAUGUUGUCAGGUGUUUUUCCCCCACAACUUCUGUGCAUCUACAUUUUCCUCAGAAAUGUGUAGUCCUGUUAUUCAGUUUGCUUGGAUGACACGGGUACCUAGGGGAGACCUGAGUGAGUUUUAUUUCGUAUCCUACACCACUAGAGGGCACUGUAACAAUGAUGAAUGAUGUCUUUUGGUCAGGCUUGCAAAAGCUGUCUUUCAGCUAUAAAACUUUGCAGGCUUUCAUUGAAAAUCAUCUGUGUACAACAGAUAAAAUGGCCACAAUGAGAUGUCAAAAAGAAGGUAUUUUAGACAGGCAGCGGUAACACCUUGUUCCAGUGCGAACAAGACGGAUUUGUCCCUCAGUCUGAGCACUUCCGCUGUUGUCAUAAUCGUACGGAUUGAGUCAUACUGUUGGUGCAGCGGCGAAGCGUAGAUCGAUUGCUCAUGUCUGUGGAACUGGGUUGACGUGGCCGGAAUGUUCCACUUCCUGUUGCCGUGUGCUGAAUGUAACAGUUUUAUCUACAAAAGUCCCCAUCAAUGUCCUCAUUACUACCUGUCUAAACAAUGCAAGAAAAAGCCAUGUGUUCUCAGACUGGGAACCCAUAAAGAAAUACUACCCUUUGUACAACGUUUUACUUCAUAAUGAAGUACUCUAACUCGACAUCUAUUUUUUUAUUUUCGUUCUGCAGGCUGUCAUUAUUUUUGCUGUGUUGUAAUACAGACUGUUAGAUAUACAGUCAAUGAAAUGGUUUCCCUCUUUAACAAAGAGAAAAAAAAAAGUCUUUGUGGGGCAAAUGCAUUUUCGCCAGAAUGUUCUCCGUACAUACCAAACCAGGCCUUACCUUAAACUGUUUGUGCGUGUGAUUAAUCCCGAUGUGUAUUAUUCUGUAACUGGUGUUUUUUAGAGAGUGAAUCCUACUCUCUCUACCGUUUCAGGCUGCUGCAGUUCCUGUUUAGUAUUCGGAAUGCAUCACUGCUGCGUCUGCCCAGAGCUCACCCAGCUCUACUCACAAGUAAACAUGAGCGACACUGAUGUUGUCAUUGGUGUAAAAUGAGGAGUGCAGAGAGUAGCGUGUAAAUUAGUUAAAUUGUAUCCACUCACUGUCUGCACAGACCGCCAAAUUCUGGAUUUAUUUGGUAUGUUGGUGACCCCGCCCAAGAUAUGAGGUGUGACCCGGCUAUUGAUGCUCUACCUCUCACUGUUAACGAUGUGAUGGUUCGGUUAGGCCUCCGUCACCGCCCCCAUGACUGUUUAUCACCAAAACCCUUGACGGAUGACUGACCGGAUGGCUGACUCUCACAUUCCUUCCGUCUUCCAUUUUCCUUAAGGAAAUGCAAUGCAAGGGGGCUUUGGUUAGUAACGGGCGAUUCCGCUACUGUUUAGAAUCAGAACACAGCAUAGUUUCAGCUUUAAUUUCGAGAAUGUGGAGUCGACCAUCCGGCUGAUCAGCCGUCGUACCUGUGGUAUCACCAAGCGUGUGUAUGCAUACACAUACCUCUCCAUGCUUUCUAUAAGGUUGUGAGGACAGAUUAUGACGCGUCUGAUCAUGUGACCCUUUUCGGAACCGGGUUGCCUUGGCCAGAUGGGGGCAGUGUUGACCAAGCUGGGCAGAUGUGAGCUGGAUGUUAUUUUUGGAAGCUCAGUCACUUUGUAUGAUCUUCAUUAGCUUGCAACAUCCAUAUAUAUUUUUCUCAAUUUUUUCUACUUUACAGAUGAGCAACUGUUUAUUUCUGAGCUUUGGUUUAUAUUUUUAUGUUUAUGUUUAAUCCUUUUUUUUUGUUAUUUGUUUUUUUGUAUGCAUAUCAUUGUUGUAAACAGUCUAUCUACUUAAUUCACAUGCAGUUGUUUUGAUUUAUUCACACCCUUUGUUCCAUUUAACAGAAGGUUUGGCACAAGAAAAAAUAACUAGGAUACUUCAAGAAAUUCAAAUUGGCAUUAGAAGAAACAAAAGUUGGCUGUACAAACCCAUGAAAGCUGAAAUUGUUGUUGAAAAAGCCAAUGAUAUUUAAGGGAGGGUGGUUCAUAAUCUUGGUGCCCUCACUUCCUAAUUAUAUAAAGACCAACCCCCCCCCCAACCCCCCAUAAAAGUACAUUUGUUUUGUAGUAAAGUUAGCCACAAAUGAGUCCAACUGUCAAAUGGUUUAAGGAAGCAUAGCAUCGCCAUAUUUAAUUGAGCAUCACAGACUUGUCUCCAGACCUUCCUGGUACACUGUAGGGCAGGAGUAAACUCAGAAGCAACUGUAUGGGAGUUGGGUAUUAAAAUGCAUUCAUUUCUGCUGCAUCAUCGUUUCAAUAUGAGGGAUGUAAAUGGUAUUGGGAAGAAAAAAAAUAAAAAAUAUGAUUAAUUGUG